AUGUCCUCGUCCCCCUCCUCCCAACUGACGCUCUCCCCGCCCCAAUCCCCCUCCCCACCGCCCACCGCCGAAGAGCUCAAGUCCUACCCGUUCUUCUUCCGGCAGCGCAAGCCCCCCGUGUCGGCGCCCCCGGUGCCGUGCCUCCGGUGCGCCAUAGUCGACAUGCACUGCGUCAUCUACCGCGGCGACACGCGCUGCCAGCGCUGCGAGCGCAACGGCGAGGAGCUGUGCAUCUCGCAGGUGCAGGACGUCACGCUGCCCGAGGUGAAGCCCACGAAGAACCAGCUGGGGCAGCUGGCCGAGGAGGAGGAGGAGGCGGCCCAGGGGCGCGGGCCGCGGCACGAGUGGCUCAUGGCGCAGAAGGUGCACCAGAAGCAGCAGGCGAAGGAGGGCGAGGAGGUCGACAUGCAGUGCAUGCUCUACACACGGGACCGCGAGCUCGCCGUCGACAGGGGGAGGCUGCUCGAGCUCGCCCAGGAGAUGUUCGACGUCGCGGGGGGCGGCAGGACGUGGGUCCACGGGCUGCCCGUGCCCGUGAGCGUCGCCGUCCGCAACUUUGCGCUGCCCAAGCCGGAGCCGAAGGAGGGCUGGCGCGAGAGCCUGGAGAGCGUUGCGGGCCCCGGGAACAGCAAGGGGCCUGCCUACUUUUGGGGCCUCACCGCCGAGCAGGCGGCCGCGGCCGAGCGGGUGCGGCGCGGCUGGAGGGAGAAGCGGGCGGCGCGGGAGGCCGCCGCUGAUCUGAAGAGACUGGAGAGGGAGGGGAAGGCCAAGGCUGGCGGUGCUGCCGGUAACGAUGCUGCCAGUGACGAUGCUACUGGUGACGAUGCUGCCGGUGACGAUGCUGCUGGUAAAGAUGCUGCUGGUAAAGAUGCUGCUGGUAAAGAUGCUGCUGGUAAAGAUGCUGCUGGUGACGAUGCUGCCAGUGAUGGUGCUGAGCAGCAGGAGGAGCAGUAUCAGGAUGAGUACUAA